CCAUUUCAACUCGAUUUCCUUGGUCGCAGCCUGCACACGCACACCUCUUGCCCUGGAAAUAUCUGAAUUGGCUUUAGCUUCCUGUAGGAUGCCACCCGACACCCAGCUGCCGACGAUCCCGACGACAGUUUCCAACUAUAAGCUUGACAACUUGCCGUCCGCGCUCAAGUCAGGGGCGCCGUCUGAUCUGUUCCUGCUGCAUCUCGAUACCAGCUCACUCCAAACCGAACGUGUGGGAUACAUGGCACACCAGAGCCAUCGACGCAGUCAUUCGCAGACUGACAAUGAACUGUGGUUCAACAGGCCCGCUUCUGCACGACAACACCACGACCGAGACAGCACAAUCGGCCUAUCGGCAUACCAAGCCACGUCGCAUUGCAUUAGCACACGCUCUACCCAUACAGCCGCACCUUCGAGAAAACCAGCAGUCUCUAGCUCACAUCUCAACAAACCACUACCACCAUCACCGUCGAGCUCGGAAAAAAAGUCUCGCAAAUCAACCGCAUGGCGCGACCUUCUCCGGCGCGAGCCUUCUCGCCGACCCGACUCAACACACCUUCAGCCCGAGCCAUACCAAUCACGAGAGCGGCGUUCUGCAAACCUGAGCGUGGAUACCGGUAGCCACCAUCGCCAUGGCUACUCGCAUAGCAUGCCCAGUUCACCCUAUAUUUUUAGCCAGUCCCACCCAGACGAUGCCGCACACGUUCCUCGAGCGCAUUCGUCGGCUUCAGACUACUUGGAUUGUGAUGCCACACAAUAUCAGCCAUAUUCGAUACCGCCGGAAAACCAGGCAUCACGCACCCAAAAUACACACUCUGUUUCCGCAAAUCCGCAGCGCGAAACGACGCCACCUCGAUCUCGCACCUUGCCUGACUCGCCCUUGAGCCCGACGCGCGAGAAUGCAUCGAGCAGGCCCCGCCCGCAUACCACCUGUCUUUCGCCAACAGAACCCUUUACAGACAUGUCACAAUUCCAUCUCUUUGCAGAGGCCAUGACGGGCCUGCCCAGCGAUUUUGAGGCUUUGUCUCCUACCGGACCACCACAGCUUCAAGGCUCGCUUUUCGCUCGGCGAAAUGGCAACGACAGCAUUCCUCUACCCGUCCAACAUGCACAUAGCUCACCGAGCACGCCGCCUUCUCUACAGCUCCAGCGGGAACUGAGAGAUGACUGGCAGAAUUUUGAACCACCGCCAUUCAUUUCAUCGCAGGUCGCACCUGUUUUUGAUGUUUCGCCAAUUAUACCCAUUUCGCCUUUGGAAUCGUAUUCCCCCCAAUGGCAGCCGCAGCCACCUACACGCAUGGAUUCCAUCACAGCAGAGCUGGAACUGCUGGGCCUCAACGACACGCGGGGGCCAGAAGACGAAUUACCCGAUUAUCAACAAAGCCAAGCAGAAAUGGCUGAGCAGAAAAGAAAGGAGGCUUCAGCGAGAGCACGAGAGUUAGAGGCGCGAUGGAGAGGCAUACAGAGAUGAAGAGAUGAAGAGAGAAGCCCAGUGUGACGAAUAGUAGGACGGAAUACCCCGGCAUCAGCGAUUCCAUAUUCACCAAAGCACUCGUUCAGAUUCUAGCUCUCCAAUGUGAUCAUUUUCGACGUGUAUUUAAAGAUUGAAUAUCCCUGCGCGAUUCCAAUAAACUUAGCGAUAGUUUCACAGGGACAAGCCUUGUACGACUUGUCUUCACGCGGAGGAAAAUUUCGUAACACCAUAAGCUCUUGACCAUGGAACAGGUCGAAAAUCCAGGCUUACUUACAACUCUGGAACACCAGAACCACACUCGAUGCCUCUAUCCGGCUUCGCAUGGCCUAGACAC